AGCUUGUGCGCGUUAAGUUUGCUUGGUUUUUAAAACCAGUCAUUUUGGAGGAAAUUGAGUUUGGAGUUAAAUGGCACUCAUUCCGGAAAAGGGGGCAAAUGAAAUAAACAAGAAGCAUUAUAUGUACGCAUCUCUCUCCGGCAAAAAUCUAGUGACAGGUGAGCGUAAACGUUUGUAGGUUACGUUGGUGGUAAAUAAUCAGGGGGCCCAUUUAUCGGAGUCCUGAGCUAUAGGCCGCAAUGUCUGAACGAAAAGUGCUGAACAAAUACUACCCGCCGGAUUUCGACCCGUCGAAGAUCCCCCGGAUGAAAUUGCCGAAAAACCGCCAAUACACUGUGCGAUUGAUGGCCCCAUUUAACAUGCGUUGCAAAACGUGCGGCGAGUACAUCUACAAAGGCAAGAAGUUCAACGCGCGCAAAGAGGACGUGGAGAACGAAGACUACCUGGGCAUCCGCAUCUACCGCUUCUACAUCAAGUGCACCAGAUGCUUGCAGGAAAUCUCCUUUAAAACAGACCCCAAGAACACCGACUACGAGAUCGAGGCGGGCGCCACCAGGAACUUCAUGGCGUUGAAACUGGCCGAGGAGCAGGCCCAGAAGGAGGAGGAAGAAGCCAAGGAGGAGGAGGCCAGCAACCCGAUGAAACUCCUGGAGAACCGCACCAAACAGUCAAAGAACGAAAUCGAGCUGCUGGAGUCCUUGGAGGAGCUCAAGGACCUGAACAAGCGACAGCAGGUGGUCGAUUUUGAGACCAUGCUCUCAGGCUUUGAUUCCGGAUUGACGCAGCGCGAACGAGAGGAGCGGCUGCAGCAACUGGACGAGGAAUACAUCAAAACUGUGAAGUUCAGCAACCCGACCAAGCGGAAACUGGUGGUGGAGGAGGAGGAAGUGGUGGUUGAGACGGAGGCGCUAGAAGCAACCAAGCGGCCCACCAGCAGUUGGAGUGUAACAGGAGCGAAAGCCCCAGCCACAACGAAAAAGCCGUUGAUAGUGCGCCCUAAAAGCGCCAAAGACGAUUCAAAAACGCCUUCGGGCGGGCUUGCCUUAUUGGGGGCCUACUCGGGGUCGGACAGUGGCUCCGAAGGAGACACUGCCUGAGAAAAACCACUGUAUGCUCUUAAAUAAAGCCCUUUAUUAGUAUCAGUCGGA